CAUUCGGCCCCAGACCACAACACUCCCACCACCAUGCUUGACUGAUGGUUCCAGUAAUCCAUGUCCUUAGUCUGCUUGUCUUCAGCAAACUGUUUGUGGACUUUCUUGUGCAUCAUCUUUAGAAGAGGUUUCCUUCUGGGAUGACAGCCAUGCAGACCAAUUUGAUGCAGUGUGCGGCGUAUGGUCUGAGCACUGACAGGCUGACACCCCACCCCUUCACCCUCUGCAGCAAUGCUGGCAGCACUCAUACGUCUAUUUCCCAAAGACAACCUCUGGAUAUGACGCUGAGCACGUGCACUCAACCUGUUUGGUCGACCAUGGAGAGGCCUGUUCUGAGUGGAACCUGUCCUGUUAGACUGCUGUAUGGUCUUGGCCACCAUGCUGCAGCUCAGUUUCAGGAUCUCGGCAAUCUUCUUAUAGCCUAGGCCAUCUUUAUGUAGAGCAACAAUUCUUUAUUUCAGAUCCUCAGAGAGUUCUUUGCCAUGAGGUGCCAU